UGGGUUCCGUUCUUGAAGCUGAUUUUAAAUUGAGUGGCGCGAGGUUGUAGUAGGAUCCAACUGUAUCGGUGGUGAGUUUAAACGUUAGUGAGCUUUAUCGCUGGGGAUAUCAAAAGUUUAUUCUCAAUGGAUCCAAUACAUAAUUUCUUCACCAAGUUGAGGACCCUCGCAAUAAAUUUGGAGAACGAAACCAAAUACCUAGAUCAUGCUUUGAAUAACAAAUCUGAUCAUGAAGAAGAAGCUCCAAAGAAGAUCCUUCAUGAGUUACAUUCUGAAGUCAGACAUAUAAAGGCUGAUGUUCAAAAACGAGUGGAAACCUUUAAUAAUGAAUGUAGAGAAAAUAGUGAAUUAAUUAGAGCCUUCCAAAUACUACAGCAAAAAAAUUGUGCAGAACUUGAAGAAAUUGAAGAACAUUUUCAGAAUUAUGGCUAUGAACCCUUGAGUAGAAAAGAUGAAGAACCACAGAUUAAAUUAAUAAGUACCAAAAUAGAUGGAACUGAAAAUUCUGAUCCUGAACUUGAAAAGCAAAAUAAUGAAGGUGUUACUCCAUCACAUGAGAAGACUUUGAAUGACUCCUUGCGUACCCCUCAACUUGAAGACUUUGGACUUGGCCACUUAAUGUUUCAAAGUGCAUGGGGAGAGCCAGAAUGUAAUCAGUUCUCAAAUCCCAAAAUCACUCUGGAAUUCUCUGGAAAUAAUAAGUGUUCUUCAACAUUACAAGGUCCAAUUAUUCCAAAGACACCAAAAUGCACGUUACGGCUGGAUGAUGAGAUGCUUCUCACUCCAAAGUUGGAACAUUUUGGUAUUACAGAGCAUACUGGUUAUGUAAAUGACUUUACUCUGGCUUUGUAUAAUAAAUGUGCUCAACCAGAGACAAACAGUGGUAAUCCUAUACCAACAACUGAAGAAGAUCAGUUUGUCAUAUCUGUGUCAAAGCAGAUUGAAAAUGCUUCUGAGUCUUUUAUGACACAACAGGCUGAUCCCAGCACUGGAGAUUUUCUGAAUUCUCCUUUGUCUCCUGUGUUUUGCACUCCGGGUCUGAAAAUUCAUAAAAAUUCCUCCCAAGCUCCAGCAAAUGAAGAAAGGAAAUCAAAUGGCUCUUUACCAUCUCCAGUAUUGCCACAUUUUGAAACCCCAUGGCUGAAAAAGCAAUCCGCUUGUCAAUAUUCUGAGAAUGAAAAAACUACUACACCUGUAGAGAAAACUUCUUCAGAUUUAGAAGAGCCUCCACCACCAGCAAUUAGUUUUAUGAAUUGCCUUCCGAAUGGAUGCAAUAAGUCACCAUCGCCGCCACUGAUGAUAAUUGAACAUGAAAUUCCACAUACACCAAAGGUCCCAGAAAUGACCACACAGAUCACUGCAGAUGUUCUUAAGAUUUUAUUGUCAUAUGAUGCAAAUUUAAGGACUCCACAUGAUACAAGGCACAAAUUUGAUAGACGCAACUUGACUUCCAUUAACCUAAUGGCCCCUGUAUCCAGGAGGAACACUGAAAAAGAAAAUGGUCACGUGCAAUAGUGAAAAAAAAGGAUGGACCUUCAAAAGAUCUCUUCUUGACUUGGCCAAUGAACUGAAGUACUAUUUUUAUUGAUUUCUUUUUCACAACUGCGAUCAAAGUAUUUUUGUAGGAUGAUUAUGCUGUCGUAUAAAUGUAAAGACAUUGUGGUGUCUAAUCAUUGUACAAAACAAACAAGCUUAAAACUACAGAAUUAAUGGGACAGUUAACGCUAGAAAAACCCAUUUAUGCAGUACUUCUAGUAAUUGCAAAGCACUUGGAUUGAUGAUUACUCAUGUUUUCCCCUUCCAGUUUUUUGGGGGAGUGAUGUAUCCAUCUUUGUCCAGCCUUGAUGAAAAGAAUUUUAAAAGGUAAACUUGGUGUUGGAAAAGAAAUAUACUGGAUUAGACAACAAAAUGUUUGAAUUGUUAUACAAAUGGACAGUUCUGUGCAAUUGAAUUAUUAAGUACAAGAGCAACUCCAAAAUCACACCGGAGUAAAGGAUGCCAUGUAAACUGUGCUAUGGAGGAAAGAAGUGGCGUCGCUGAAACAGUGUUUCCAUUCUUGCAUAUUAAGAUCAGAUCAAAGCUGUAACUAACAAUGAUUCUUAAAAUUAAAUUCCAUUUAUACUUG